UGUCACCUUCACGCUCGGCCGGCUCACCAACACCUCCACAAACACACAAACACACGCACAAACACACUGGCUCUUGAGAACAUACUGAAGUGAAUCAAGAAAACAAACAUACACACACACGCACAAAAACAGAAAAAGAAAAAAAAAACACGAUCUUGGAUAUUUAAAACCCACUGAGAGGAUCGUGUGUACGUGUGUGUGAACCCGUGUGUGUGCGUUUGUGUGUAUACAUCGCCAGUGUGCAUCUACCGACCUACGUGUGUGUGGGGGUGUACGUCCUGUGUGCGUGUGUGUAUGUAAGCCUAUCAGUCUAUGCAUUUGCCGUGUGUGCGUUUGUGUACACUUCCCCUGAGAGCACCUACCUGUCUACCUGCCUGUGUGUGUGCGUCAGUGUGUGCCUCGUGUGCGUGUCUUUGUGCGCCUACUUAAUUGUGUGCGUUUACCUGUGUGUGCGUUUUUUGGCGUUUUUUGAGUACGUAAGGUGAUGAGUGUGAGAGGCAGAUGGAAAGCACAGGUCGGGAUGAUGAUGAUGAUGAUGAUGGUGAUGAUAGGGAGCGCUAGUCAUCAAGAGGAAAGAGGAAAUGUGAGUGUCUAUAAGGAGGGAGUGCAAUCAAUGGCCUCCUCUUCCUCCUCCACUGGGCCUUCGUCAUCCUCCUCUUCCUCCUCCACUGGGCCUUCGUCAUCCUCCUCUUCCUCCUCCACUGGGCCUUCGUCAUCCUCCUCUUCCUCCUCCACUGGGCCUUCGUCAUCCUCCUCUUCCUCCUCCACUGGGCCUUCGUCAUCCCCCUCUUCUUCCUCGUCCUCUUCCUCUUCCGCACAAGAUGGUCCGCCUCGUAACAAGCGGAAGAGGGACGUCGGUAAUUUCAAGCGUUUCUCCAGGAAGAUGGAGGUAUGCGGGGACGCGUCGUGGGGGUACUGGUACGAGGAGGUAUGUGACGGGGUUGCCCACUGCCCCGACGCCUUCGAUGAGCUGGAGUGCCCCUGUGACCUGCUGUUGCCCCCGGAGUACAAGUGUGAUGGGUAUUUCGACUGCCCGGACCUGUCUGAUGAGCGUGGCUGUACUGAGAAAGGCUGCAGCACAGGUGAGCACAGGUGUGGCGGGGGCAGGUGUGUGGGGGCAGAGCAGGUGUGUGACGGUGUGGACGACUGCAGAGACGGCACGGACGAGGCCUUCUGUUGGCGCCUGUCCCCCACGGCCCUCGAAGUCACGGGCUACGUGAGUCGCUGGAGCGAGGGUUACCUGCAGGUGAGGCGCGGGGGGGCGUGGCUCCCUGUGUGCGUGGCGAGGGAGCGCGACCCCCGCCCUCUGGUGACCAAAUACUGCGACGAGGUGGUGGGGGAGGCGAGGUACAACACUGACUCCUACGUCCUUGAACCUGUGCCCCCAUCAUCAUCAGCUAACACACCUGGCUGGGCCCUGUACGGAGGCGAGGGCGUGCAGGUGAGAGUGGAGGACAGGUGUGAUGGCGGCAAGGUGAUUAAAGUUACCUGUGGCACCCCGACCUGUGCUAAUGAGACCGUGCGGGCGAAGAGGAUGCUGGUUAACUCCUCCAAGGCCACGAAGGAGGAGGAGGAGGAAGAGGAGGAGGAGGAGGAAAGAGGAACGAAACACAAGGACGAGAGGGAGGACGAAGAAAACGAAGAGGAAAAAGAGGAAAAUAAGACAAAAGAUAAACAAAACUGGAUAAACAAGAGGAACAAGAGGGAAUCAGAAGGGAAGAAGAGGAGUAAAGAGGAGGAGGAGGAGAGGGGGAAGAUGAGGGUGGUGGGGGGGACGGAAUCGGAGCCCUUUAAAUACCCCUUCAUCGUCGCCAUCUUCAAGAACGGCGUCUUCUCCUGCGGGGGCUCCAUCGUCAGCGCCUCCGUCAUCCUCACCGCUGCCCACUGCGUCGGGAGUCCUCCCCACAGUGACCCCCCAGCCCUAUACGAGGUCCAAGCGGGCAUGUUCCGACGCAAUUCCUGGUCCCCUUAUGAGCAGAGUCGCCGGGUCGCUAAAGUCACGCUACACCCCAAGAACAACCGGCUGGAGAAUGAUGUGGCGCUCUUCAUCCUAGCCACACCUCUGCAGCUCAACAGGUGGGUGCGUCCCGUGUGCCUGGCCAAACACCUGAAGCCCCAGAAAGACCACAUGUGCACCGUGGCAGGCUGGGGCACGCUGAAGGAGGGGGGCAAGACAGCCGUCAGCCUGCGUGAGGUGGAGCUCCCCGUGCUGUCCACCUGUAUGGGAGACACUCACCUUGGGGACCACGAGGUGUUGUGUGCCGGCCACCCCCUGGGGCAGAAGGACGCCUGCCAAGGGGACUCUGGAGGACCCUUGAUGUGUAUUGGGAGUGAGGAGGGGUGGGUACAGGCCGGGGUGGUGUCCUUCGGGGAGGGGUGUGCGCGCGCGGGUAAUGCAGGCGUGUACGGUAGGAUCACUCAUUACCACGCCUGGAUCAUUAAAAGCAUAGGUGGGAAGAUGAGGGGGCGGACGGGGGGAGCGACGGGGGAGGUGACGGUAAAGCAGGUGUGCGGGGGCGUCACCUGUCGGCUCACGGGGGGCACCUGUCUACCGAUCGAGAAAGUGUGCGACGGGAAGGUGGACUGUCUGGAGGCCGAGGACGAGAUGAACUGCAUGGACUCCGGCUUCGAGGACGAGAUAGAGAGCGAGAACAGAGUCGAUGACCACGAGAUAGAGAGCGAGAACAGAGUCGAUGACCAAGACCAGGGCCACGAUGAAGACCAAGAUCGUAACUACAACGACGAUGACUACUACGACUACUACGACGAAGGUGGGGAAGAGGAGGGGAUGAAUUACCGAUCGAAUUCCAUUGCCAAGGAUUCCAGCACCAUAUCCUCCCGUUCAAGUAUUCCAGAAACGGUUCCCAGCACAGACAACGCAGAUUCCAGUGUUCCUGAUGCCAUUCCCGAAGCAGAAGUCGCCCAUUCCUAUAUUCCAAACCCAGAAAUCUUCAGAAAUCCAGAGGCCAUUCCCAGUCCAGAAAAUGGUGAUUCCAGUAUUCUUGAAGCCAUUCCAAGCCAAGAAAGUCCUAAUUCCAGUGUUCUUGAUGGUAUUCCAAAUCCAGAAGUCUACUAUUCCUAUAUUCCAAGUCCAGAAACCUAUAAUGGGUAUAUUCCAAAGGCUAUUCCAAGGUCAGGUAACAUUCCAGAGCACAUUCCCAAGGUCUCUAGUUCUAUAGGUUACCGGGCUCGAACUGGUGGCGACGUGACCUCAAGCGACCAGACCACCGCGCAGGGUCAGGACGCAUGCGCAGUGAAGCGGGUCACGGUCGGAGAAGUCCUACAGGAGCUUGAGAGGAUCCUGUGCAGUGCUGAGGAGUUCCUGUGCACUGACGUGCCGGAGUGCGUGCCCGCGGCCAGCCGGUGUGACGGGUCGCCGCAGUGCGUGGACGGGUCGGACGAGCGGGCGUGUGGGUGCAAGGCGCGGCUGGAGGCGGCGGGGCGCGGGGACCUGCUGUGCGACGGUCACCCAGACUGUGCCGACCUUACGGAUGAGGACUGUGAGCCAUGUGAUGCUGAGGCGCCGUUCCACUGUGCCCGCAGCGGCCAGUGUGUGAAGGUGACCCAGCUGUGCGACACGCGGAAGGACUGUACCCACGGCGAGGACGAGAUGGACUGCCUGGCACUCUACAACCGGACGGAGGUGCAGAAGGGGGUGGUGGAGGGCACUCUGAUGCUGAAGGAGGGCACCACCUGGCACUCCCUCUGUCUCGGCAGCCUCCCCACGCACCUUGGCACCCACGUUUGUAAAUACAUCGGCUACAGUGAGUUAGGAGGCAUCAGCUACAUCCAGGCACCGUCCUUUGCCGAGCCAGAGCCACGGAGAGCCAGAGAAGCAGAGCCAAGAGCCAGAGGACCAGAAGACAAAGAAGAAGGAAGAGGAGGAGGGGAAGAAGAAGGAACAAAUGAUGAUGAAGGGGCGUUACUAAGAAGGGUUUUGGCUCUGCGGGAAGAUGAAGAUGAAGGAGGUAAAGAAAGGGGAAGAAGAGGAAACGAAGAAGGGGGAGAAAGGGGAAGAAGAGGAAACGAAGAAGCUGGAGAAGGUAAAGAAAGGGAAAGAAGAGGAAACGAAGAAACUGGAGAAGGGGGAGAACGGAGAAGAAGAAAACGUGGUGAUGAUAAUAGUGAAGAGUCGUUACUGAAGAAGAUACAAGGUUUGAAAGGUCUUGGUCAAGCGAGGGCAAGCACGUGUCAGCAAGCCGUCUUGAGGUGCGAGAGAGAGGCGUGUGGGAAGGCGGCGCUGUACUACUACGACAAGGUGACGCCCGUGGCCAAGGCGGGGGGCGUGCCGUGGGCGGGGUGUGUGCAGGUGAACGGCAGGUGUGCGUGUGGCGGCACCCUGAUCAGUCACACCUGGGUGCUCACGUCUACUACCUGUAUGGCGGAUGUCAGCCUCGCCAAGGACAUCGUGGUGGUGGUGAUGGGCUCCGUACACCGCGUUGGGGCUCCCACGCGUGUGCUGGGCGGCCACGAGGCGGAGCGGAGGGUGGGGCGCGUGCAGGGCGUUGAGGGCACGGACAUGCUGCUCCUGCGCCUCGCCGACCCCAUGCCCAGAACGGAUUAUGUCAACAGCCUAUGCUUGCCCAGGUCGGCACCGGCGUUGGGGGUGGACAGGAGGUGCGUGGUGGCGGGGGUAAGCGAGAAGGACGGCAGGGAGAGUGUGGGCCUGCUCUUCAGUCCCCGGGAGGAGUGUGAGGACGACCACCUGUGUCCUGAUGCUCGGUCUGGACAGGAAUAUUGCACGGAGUCUUGGUCAGGGGUGGUGGCGUGUCAGCAAAGCGUGGAGACCAACCCCACGUGGGAGGGCGUGGGCGUGUGGGCGUACCAGCGGGGGGCGGGGGAAGGGGCGCCGUGCCGAGUCUCCCACCAACACCCGCUGCUCACGGACGCCCACCUCACCGCCCUACACCUCAUCAUGGACACAGACGAGGCCCCUUCCGCCCCUGCAACCCCUGUAGCGUCGUGUGAGGGGAGGAUCUGCGCCACGGGUGUGUGUGUGGGCCCCGGGCAGGACUGUGACGGGACCCUGGACUGCCCCGACCUGUCCGACGAGCCGCCCACCUGCCCGCCGCUCGUCACCACCUGUCUGCCUGUGAACACGACUGACCUGCCUCCUAGUGAUUUGUGCGAGUGCCCCGCGGGGAGGUGGGCGUGCCUGAGUGGGACGUGCAUCCCCAUGGGGAGUGUGUGUGACGGGGUAAAGGACUGCCCAGGGGGAGAAGACGAAGAGGACUGCUCAUGUUGCAAGGUGUUGAGGCUGAAGAUGAUGCCGGAGAAGAUUUGUGACGGCAAGCUAGACUGUGAUGACCAAACUGAUGAGGAGAACUGUGACUGCCCCACCACCACCACCACCACCACCUCUAAUGCUACCACUAAUGAGCGCGCUUUCAGGUGUUACAGGUCGUCUCCCCAGUCGUGUGUGGGGAGACGGAUGGUGUGUGACGGGAACAAGGACUGCGGGGCGGGAGAGGACGAGAGGAACUGCAUCACCCUGGCGCCCAACGUGACGGUGGUGGAGGAUGCGUUAGGGCGCCCCACCACCAAGACUCCAUCCGGUUACCUGCUCGUGAAAUUGGCUGGCACCUGGUACACCUACGCUAACGAGAUGUGGGAUGUUUACCUGUCCCACCUCAUCUGCCUCCAGCUCGGCUACUUCAUGGCGAACGUGACUGAGGCGAGGGAGAUUGCGGCCAACGGUGUGGUGUUGCAAUGGGAGGGGGGUGAGAUGGUGGUGGAGGAGGUGGAGAGUGGUGUAGUGGAGGUGGUGUGGAUUGAGUGCGAUACGGAGAAGAGGGAGAUUGUGAGGAGGUCUAUUUCUGGUUCCUCCUCCUCCUCCUCCUCUUCUUCCUCUUCUUUGGAUUAUUCGUCUUUCCUAUCGGCUCUUAUACGAAUGAGGAAAUGGAAGGGAGAAUGAUAAUAAUGGUGAUUCUUCUCUUCUCUUAAACGAAUGAGGAGAUAGAGAGAAGAGUGAAAAUGGUGAUUGUUUAUGCAUUCUUCUUUCAUCUCUCUUCUUAAACGAAUGAGGAGAUAGAGAAGAGUGAUGAUGAUGGUAAUUAUGUUUGUUCUUCUCUGUAACUCCCAUUCUCUUUUCUGUGUUUGUAUAUACAGUUGUUUUAAUUGAUUGAGAAUGUUUAAGUUUGGUUUUAGUUUCUCGUUUCUAUCCAUAUUUCUUAGUGUUGUUUAUUAUAUAUAUUGAUAUUAUAGUUAAUUUUAUCUGUGCGUCGUUGUCUUAAUAUUACCAGUAGUGUGUGUGUGUGUGUGUGUGUGUGUGUGUGUGUGUGUGUGUGUGUGUGUGUUAGUAUUAUCAAUAGUGUGUGUGUGUGUGUGUGUGUGUGUGUGUGUUAGUAUUAUCAAUAGUGUGUGUGUGUGUGUGUGUGUGUGUGUGUGUGUGUGUGUGUGUUAGUAUUAUCAAUAGUGUGUGCGUGUGUGUGUGUGUGUGUGUGUGUUAGUAUUAUCAAUAGUGUGUGUGUGUGUGUGUGUGUUAGUAUUAUCAAUAGUGUGUGUGUGUGUGUGUGUGUGUGUUAGUAUUAUCAAUAGUGUGUGUGUGUGUGUCAAUUGUGCUUUUGUCUAAGUUAUUGAAGUUGUAUGAAUUUUGCAUUAAUUAAAGAAAAAUCAUGUUAUUAAUAUACUAAACUAAGCGCUAU